GAAACAGCCUAGGUGACGACAUAGAUUAAUCUCAUUCUGUGGGAGAACUGAAGAUGGCUCUAUUGGUGCACCAAAUAUGUGGCCAGAAAAAUACAUGGGAGUCGGAGUACUGUCGACUCCUGCAUCAUGGUAUAGCAAAAUGGCACCAUCAAGUAAGGCUGAUGAUUUAGUUGCUUAUUUUAAAAGUCACAAUAAAGUGCGCGAACAACAAAGCCACACGGCAAAAGUGCACAGCGUUGGCUGGAGUUGCGAUGGGAAGUAUUUAGCCUCCGGUUCCUUCGAUAAGUGUGUCUGCGUCUUCUCCCUCUGUCCUGAUAGAUUGAAACAAGAAACGACUUUUCGUGGCCACGGUGGAAGCGUAGAUCAACUUUGUUGGCACGCUUUCCAUCCAGAAUUACUCUCGACAGCGAGUGGGGACAAAACUGUCCGAAUAUGGGACACACGAUCUCAAAAAUGCACAGCGAAUAUUGGCACCAGAGGUGAGAAUAUUAACAUUUCCUGGUCACCAGACGGAAAUACGAUAGCUGUGGGCAACAAAGAAGAUCUAGUCACGUUUAUCGAUGCCCGUGUUCUCAAAAUCAGAGCCGAGGAACAAUUCAACUUUGAAGUGAACGAGAUUUCCUGGAAUAAAGACUCUGACACAUUUUACCUCACAAACGGUCAAGGUUGCGUUCACAUUUUAAGUUAUCCGGACCUAGAAUUGCUGCAUGUGAUUAAAGCUCAUCCUGGAACAUGUAUUUGCAUCGAGUUUGACCCCACCGGCCGAUAUUUUGCGACCGGAUCAGCUGACGCCCUCGUGUCUCUCUGGGAUGCUGACGAAUUGUGCUGUUUAAGAACUUUCUCCAGGCUCGAAUGGCCAGUACGGACGAUUUCCUUUUCCUAUGAUGGAAAGCUUCUCGCAGCAGCCUCCGAGGACCUUGUAAUCGACGUUGGUGAGGUCGAAACGGGCGAAAAAGUAACGGAUAUUCCUGUUGAGGCUGCAACAUUUACUGUUGCUUGGCAUCCUAAACAGUAUUUACUGGCAUACGCUUGCGAUGAUAAAGACACGUAUGAUAGAAAAAGAGAUGCUGGGAGUUUAAAAGUGUUUGGUUUUGCUAGUGAUUAAUGAAUAUGUGUGAAUUUGGAGUUCGUCCCCAUAUUACGUAAUGCUUUUAGUAGUGCCGCUUAUCAGUAAUUAUUUAGCACUGAAAAUUAUGCGGCUUAUAGAAUUAAGAGAAUGGACCAUGAAAUGUGAACUAAUUAUAUGAUUUUUCUAUACAUUCUUUUGCUGUUAAACCAAUAAUGUUUUGUAUUUUCUUCCAUCCGAAAAUAUUGUGCCAAAUUCAACCUCGUCGUUUAACAAAUGACUAUGGAAGGGGAGUGGUGGCGAUUGUCAUGGUAAAAAAAAGGUAGAACCAACUGAGUCAACGUCGCGGGCUUAACGUUUAUUAUCCUAUAACAAAUUGAGAAUAGCAUAUACAGUACUCUUCCACUUAUCGCACUAUCACCUACGGCGACUUCCUUUAUUCGCUUUGAUCCCAUUGCCGACACAUGCUUGCUAACGCAUUAAACAAAAUGCUUACACAAAAGAAAAUGUAUUUUUAAAUGUUGACAUUUAAUGUGACCUAUUUAAUAACUUAGAUUCACUUUGUAAACGACUAGGAAUUCUGGAUCGAAGAACAAAACACUUAUUUUGGGAAAGAAAUUUAAAAAAAUAGAUUGCAUUAAAAAAGCAGAGGCCGUCAUCGAUAUUGCAAGAGAUAUCGACACUACUGUUAAUAACAUUUAUAGGUAAGAAUAAAAUAGGAGAAUUCCUAUUUAUAAAUUGAAUUUCAAUUAAUAUAUUUUAAUUUGUUUAUAAUAUAUUUUUAGAAAGAAAAUCGCCUAAUAUUUAUUUUUAGAGUUUAUCAAUUUAUAUUGCAUUUUCUCAAGGAAUGAUCAAACUAAAGAUAAAAUACGAGUUAUUUUAUAUGGAAACACUUACAUGCCUAUCCAGAGUUCGCGAAUUUUUAAUGAUAUUUUCUGAACAAAAUUUUUAACAAACCAGAAAGUUUUCUUUCAGAAUUAGUAUGUAAAAUCAGCAUAACAACCUCUGAAUGUUCUACCAAUUAGGUAUGAGGAUAAAAUACAGGGGAGAAAAAUUUUUUGAUGUGCUGGGGGAAUUCUCCUAAUGCGAAUCCCAGUUCCAGACUUUCGAAAUAGGUGGGAGGGUACUGUAUUAUACUUUUUUAUUUAAAAUAAAGAGGCUCCUACCAUA